UCAAAACAAAUCGCACUACAGUCAUCGGAUUUCUUUGAAUUUUCAUCAUUUUCCGCAUCUUUAGUCCUCUUAAUCAUCAUGAAUUGCUCAAAAGUUCCUUAAUCAUCGUAGUUAGUGCCAAGAAAUCUUGAAUUAAAUAUCGGAAAGUUGAAAAAAUUCAUCAAAAAGUGACGACAUGACUUCGAUCGAUAAUUUUCCCGUAGAGAAUAUCACAAUUUUCAUUCCCAAAAAAUAUUUCGCAACUCCCGAAGCCGGUCUUUUGUACGGAAAAUGCAUUCAACAUGAGAAAACAAUCAAAUUUUUCAUCGUUUCUCGCGUCGAACACCAAAACUUGGACAAUAUCGGUGCCGUGGAUUGCGAAGAUUUCGCGGAAAAUGUCGUCAAACUCACCAAAGAUCCAGCAGAUGGAAAAUUAAAAGUCAAAGAAAUAAUUUUGAAUGGAUUGGCGAUUGGUGAACUCAACAGUAUCUACCUCACGACGUACGACGGCUUGGAAAAUAUCGAUUCGAAAUUUAAAACGGGCUCGUUGAGCGACGAUCAACGUUAUGACAUCAUCUACCUCUCGACUCUGCUGGACCUGACACACCGCAAUCGCGAAACUUUGUUCCAGGAAUGUUCCGUGAAGCUGCGGCAACUGUUGAAAUUCUAUUUUAUGUUGGUUUUUAACUUUUUGUCGUGGAUUAUGUCGCCAUUGAAGCCAGUUUUGAAGCAUACGGCAAUUUUUCGGCAUUUUUCCGACUGGAUUGUCUGCGUUCGGAACUACGGAUUCGACAAUGGCAAGGCUUGGACGCUGAUUUUCGACAUGUCAGCUGGGAUUUUGCUCCUGGGACUCUUGCUGAAGCUCGGAAACUUGGGAGAAUAUCUCAUGCAAUUCACGAAAUUCAUCAUCAACAACCUUCGAGCACUUUUGAUCGCCCUAAAGGGAUCUCCGGUGGGCUUGAAACUCAACGUUCUGCUAAAUAACUUCUUUCUCGACUGCUUUAUUUAUCACGUGGACCUUUGGUGGACCUUUUUAGUCGUCAUGGCACCGGCAAUUCAGUAUCUCUCGUAUCCGUUGGCGGCUUUGGGCUUGCUCGGAGUUUCGUUCCAGCUGGCAUUGCUGAGCGAUAUUUUGACAAUAAUCACGUUGCAUGCGCAUUGUUUCUACAUUUAUGCGGCAGUUUUGUACAAAAUUGAGGUCAUUGGGAUUCAGGCGUUGUGGCGCGUCGUUUUGGGCAGGAGGAAAAAUGUCCUGCGGAAUCGUGUGGAAAGUCACGAGUACAUGUCGCGACAAUUGUUUCUGGCAACGAUGAUUUUUGCCAGUUUGUUGUUCUUGUCGCCGACGGUUCUCGUGUAUUAUAUUGUCUUUGCUUCGCUCCGUUUCGGCAUUUAUUGCAUCACUUACCUCCUCAUGGUGUUCCGCAAGAAAAUAAUCGUUUUACCGAUUUACAAUUUCAUCAAGUGGAUUCGUGGUCGUUACGCGUGCCCCGAUUGCAUGGAACUCAACGUUCUCGAAACUUACGCCCUCAAAGCAGACAAAAGUACCAAAAAUUGCGUCACCGUGCUCUCGAUCGAGCCAAAAUCAUCGACACCAUGGCGCUCCAGUCUCUUCGAUGCCCAACAAGAAAUCAACCAAAACGAACCGCUGUCCAUCGGGGAAUUCAUCAAAGGACUCAUCAAGGGCAAAAUGAUGGGUUUUAUCCAGCCAGAACAAAAACUUCGCGAUUAAUUGCAUUCCU